CAUCUUUAUUAUUCAUGAGCCGGAAGACGUCGUUCAAUUUUGAGUAGAUUACCCAAGAUGCUUGGCGUGUAUGUAGCAGGCUAGAAUGUGUGACAAUGGAAACAAAUACUACAGCAACGAACCCAUCUUUCGACUGUCCAUCAUGGGCAGGGAAGCCUCCAGCAGGACUGCAUCUGGACGUGCUGAAAGGAGACAAACUCGUCGAGAAACUGAUCAUUGAUGAAAAGAAGUAUUAUCUGUUCGGGAGGAACCCGGACAUGUGUGACUUCACCAUCGACCAUCAGUCGUGUUCUCGCGUGCAUGCGGCGCUCGUCUACCACAGGCAUCUGAAAAGAGUGUUUCUCAUCGACCUCAACAGCACACAUGGUACAUUCCUGGGACACAUUCGCCUGGAGCCCCACAAGCCCCAGCAGGUUCCCAUCGACUCCACCAUGUCGUUUGGUGCAUCCACUCGUGUUUACACCAUCCGGGAGAAACCUCAGGGGCAGUCGGGCUCCGGCGUCGGGGACAGCAAAACCGGGGACGACGAGGAGCUGAAGGGUCUUCUGGGACUCCCACAGGAAGAGACUGAACUGGAGAACCUGACCGAGUUCAACACGGCUCAUAACAAGCGCAUCUCCACCCUCACCAUCGAGGAGGGCAACCUGGAUAUUCAGAGACCCAAGAGGAAAAGGAAGAACUCCAGAGUGAGCUUCGGUGAAGAGGACGAGAUCAUUAACCCAGAGGACAUCGACCCCUCUGUUGGACGUUUCAGAAACAUGGUCUCAACAGCUGUGGUUCCUAUUAAGAAGAAGAAACUGGGCGGAGGCAAUGCGCUGGGAAUCGAGGAAAUGGUGACGCGACACAUGCACACGUUCCCUAUGCAGGGAGGACUCUACAGAGACCUUCCCCCGGCCAGUCAUGAAGCUCCCAGUGGAGCCACAAUAAUGGGAGGGCUGCCGUUACCCCUGCCCAACCCGGCCCCGGACGUAGACCUGGUCCACGAGGUCCCGCCGCCUCCGCUCGUGCUCAACCCCACGCCGUUACCCGGCCCGUAUGCCUCCGACCCGCUCAGCGAACCCCGCAAGAAGAAGUACGCUAAAGAGGCCUGGCCUGGCAAGAAGCCCAUGCCUUCUCUGCUCAUUUAGCUGCUUCUUAAUAACACCGGCUGUGUCUGACUCGUCUAUACUCCUCAAUUAGGUUUUGACUGUACUACAAGAAUCUGAGUAAACUGUAAGUUUUAAAAGAAUUAUUUUGUAAGUUUUUCCUCCUAAAAUGAACAGGGAUUCACACUCAUGUCUCUGAAUUACUUUCUAAAUCCAGUGAAAUGCACCGUUUAGUUCGAGACUUUUGAUUUCUUUCGCUCUGUUCCUCACACACAAUGAUCUGGUCAUGGCUUUGUAAAUCAUCUGUAUUUGUUUUGUUAAAAGAGCCGCUUGGACAUAGUGCAUCAGGUCUUUUGUGUUUCAUAGGAAGUUUGCCAUGACACGAGGGCGAGAAAAUGCCAUUUCAGUGCAUUUUGAUUGAGCUAUUUCUUUAAAAUGCCAGCUUGAAAGUGUGGGAACCUACAGAAAUGCAAACAAAAGCACAUUACCUGGUCCAAACAGCAAAAUGUGUCAUGUUUAGCCUAAGACGGCAGACAUGGGGUUUAACUUUUAUAAUGUACUCCUUUUUUUAUUAUUUUUUUAAUGACUAUUAAUGUCAAAUGUUCAGAAGUUUUACACGGAUGGGCUAUUUAUGUACACGUUAUAGCUCUAGAGAGCAAUACGUUCUUUCAAACUCAAUCAGACGUGCAUGAGCAUCAGUAAUACAGAGGAUAGAUCCAGUAGAUGUUAGAGGUUUCAAAACUGAUGAAAUUCUGCAAUAUUGUAACAUUUUGACCUUUUGUGAAGAUCUUUUUUUUCCUCUGCUGCUCCACUUUAAUAUACGAACCGACUGCAGUGGCGUUUCAAAUGAACUGUAGUUGAUCGUGACAUGCUUCAUCAGGGCUCCGUGCAGAUGGCCUUCAAUGUUAAAGAAAAAAGUUUUCUACUCCUGUUCUGUUUGGUACAUUUGCUGUUUGUACAUAUCACUCACAAUAAAAUCCAGUGUAUUUUUAUAUAUUUAAA